GAGGGAGACUCGCUCUGUCAUCCCGCAACAGAUGGAGGGGGGACUCCUCUGAACUGUCGGCUAUCAUCCAGCAGUGGAGAGAGAUAAGGGGGUGGUCUCUCUCAUGACACCCUGAGAACUACAAUCCCCGUCAUGCCUUAAACAGACUGCCGGAAGUUAGCUUUUUAAUAGCGUCUGCAAGCGAAGUCUGUUUAUUGUUCUUAAAAUAAUAUCAAACAAUUCGCGUUGUAAAACCUCUCUGCAGUCUCACGCGCCCGGUCAGCUGUUCUGCUGCAGGCACGUUGAAGCGCAUCUUCCGCUUGCGAGUUCGCCUGGACGGAAGUUGAUGUGUGAGGAAAAAUGAACGCGGAAGGAUCUAUGGAAUUAACAAAUCCUGCUCUUGAGUUAGAAACUCAGAAGAAAGACGGCAAACAAAGCAAUUCUGACUUAUCUGUGGUUGCAACCUUUAAAUCUUUUCAGAAUGAAUUGGAUGCAAAGCAUGAUAAAUAUGAGCGACUUGUAAAGUUUGGCAGAGAUAUAACAAUUGAAAGCAAAAGAACAAUCUUUCUUUUACACAGAGUUAUAAGUAAACCCAAUAAAGAUGAAGUUCUAAAAGAAGCAAAAAGCAAAUUAGAUGACAUUCGGGAGAAAAUAAAACGCCUAGCAAGAGAGUUAAUAAAUGAAGAUAUGUAUCAAUAUCACCGAGCUUUUACAAUUGGAAUUCAAGAAUAUGUUGAAGCUGUCACAUUUCAACAUUUUAUUAUGAACAGAAAACUUCUAAGCCUUUCGGAUAUUAACAAUGAACUAAUAUUUAAAGAUGGUGGUUAUGCUCAAAAAUUUGAUUCAACUGACAACAAUCAACCUUAUUCAGAAAGCUUCAAUUUUCAGAUAACUCCUGUGGAUUACUUGCUUGGGGUAGCUGAUCUUACUGGAGAGCUUAUGCGUUUCUGCAUAGGUAGUGUUGGGAAUGGAGACAUUAAUACCCCUUUUCAACUGACUCAGUUCUUACGUGAAAUUUUUAAUGGAUUUUCUUAUAUUGGUAAUUCUGGACCAUAUGAAAUUUCUCGAAAACUGUAUGCAUUAAAACAGAGUUUGUCAAAAGUAGAAAAUGCAUGUUAUAUGUUGAAAGUAAGGGGGUCAGAAACCCCAAAACACAUGCUUGCAGGUUUGUUGGUAUCCGAUUGUGAACUCUUUAACCAUAGUGAAUGUUUAUCUUGAAGAGCUUUUAUUUUUGUGGGUAAAUAGGCAAAAUUGCUGCCCAGUCAACAUAGUUUAAUACUUUAUAGUUGUAGUUACAUAUAAUGCUUAAUUGUUCUUGUUUCUUUAGUAUGUAAAGUAAAUAAAGUAGUACCAUAUAUAAACAAUAGAUAUAUCAGACUUUUUUAACAUAUGCUAGUGA